AUGGCCUCACCUACUGACUCCACCUUCACUUGUCCUUCGACUUGUGUCUCCAUCAACACAACCCCUGGGGUGCUCCUCGACAAGAAGGAGCCCAUCGCCACCAUCGAGCCCCCCAGCAUCAACCGGGUGCUCUCGACCCUCAACGACUCGCGAAAAGAGCAGUUCAUUUCGCGGCUCGUCGAGUCGGCCGUGUGGAUCCUCGAGACUAUCUGGCCUGCCACCUCCCGAGUGGGCGAGAUCCAGGGCCAGUUCCCUGGCGGCUCGUCCUCGGUCAGAUCGAUUUCACUCAAGCGGUUUAUUCAGGAGGUUCUGCGGCGCUCCCGCUCCUCCUUCUCCACACUGCACGUGGCUCUCUACUACCUUGUGCAGCUCAAGCCUCAGAUCAUUGCGCUUUCCCGUAAUCGUUCCUCUGAGCCCAAGAACCCCGCCGGCAAGGUGAACAUUCUCUCCUGUCCCCGGCGGUGCUUCCUCUCCUCCCUCAUGGUGGCCGACAAGUUUCUGCAGGACCGGAAUUUUAGCGCCCGAGCAUGGGCCAAGAUUUCGGGGCUCCAGGCCUCGGAGCUUUCUACUAACAUGUUGGACUUUCUCAAGGCUCUCGACUGGAAGACCUUUGUUGCCGGCGACGUUUACGCCCAAUGGAGUGAGCUUCUGUUCGAGAACGCUCUCCUGGACAUGCCUGAGGAGGAGCUCAACCCCCCCACUAACGGAUAUGAGGAAGUCUCUCCCGUGACUGUUUACACCCCCGCUGCGUCUCCCGUUUUCGGCGAGAGCGAGUUCAGCAGAGCAGUCCUCAAGCGAUCGUUUGAUGAAGAUGACGCUCGUCAGACAAAGAGACGUAAUAUUUAA